AUGGCGCAACCAGGUCCUUUCACGGACGUCACUCAGCGACUCUUCAUCGAGUUGAAGUCCAAGAACGAGGAGACGCGAGCACGAGCUGCUUAUGAGCUCUACGACAACGUCCUCGCCAUCUCACGAGAUUGGGCCCCGGAGAAGUUCCUCGAAUUUUAUAAUGCCGUCAGUCAACGGAUCGCACAGCUCGUUGUAACGGGCAGUGACGCAAACGAACGUAUCGGUGGCUUGCUGGCUCUGAACCGCCUGAUAGAUUUCGACGGGGUCGAUGCGGCACAGAAGACGACUCGGUUUGCUAGUUACCUGCGCAGCGCUCUUCGCAGCAAUGAUAAUGCAGUGCUGGUAUAUGCAGCUAAGGCGCUGGGCCGUCUGGCUAAGCCGGGCGGAGCUCUCACCGCGGAGCUGGUCGAAAGUGAAAUACAAUCCGCCCUCGAGGGCCUCCAAUCUGAAAGACAGGAAAGCAGACGCUUCGCCGCGGUACUCGUCAUUCGCGAACUUGCUAAAGGAUCUCCAACGCUUCUCUAUGGAUUUGUCCCCCAAAUUUUUGAACUCAUCUGGGUUGCCCUCAGGGAUCCCAAGGUGUCCAUCCGAGAGACUGCCGCUCAGGCAGUCAGUGAAUGCUUUGAGAUAAUCGCUGCCAGGGACAUGCAAGUGCGGCAACUAUGGUUUGCAAGAAUAUACGAGGAGGCGCUUCUGGGCCUGAAAUCCAAUAACGUGGACUGGAUACACGGAUCACUUCUCGUUCUCAAGGAGCUUCUUCUUAAGGGCGCUAUGUUCAUGAAUGAGCACUAUAGGAACGCCUGUGAGAUUGUUCUCCGUCUGAAAGACCACCGGGACUCGAAGAUUCGCACGCAGGUUGUCCUGACGAUCCCGAUUCUCGCCUCCUACGCCCCUGUUGACUUUACCGAAACCUACCUCCACCGAUUCAUGAUCUACCUACAAGCACAGCUCAAGCGAGAGAAGGAGAGAGAUUCAGCUUUUAUAGCGAUUGGAAAGAUUGCCAAUGCCGUAGGAGGUGCCAUCGCGCAAUAUCUCGACGGAAUCAUCGUUUACAUACGGGAGGGACUCGCCCUGAAAGCGCGUAAUCGAGCUGCUGUCAAGGAAGCUCCGAUGUUCGAGUGUAUCAGCAUGUUGUCACUGGCCGUGGGACAAGCGCUCAACAAGUACAUGGAGACGUUACUUGAUCCCAUUUUUGCCUGCGGACUGAGCGAAUCUCUAACACAGGCACUUGUUGACAUGGCACACUACAUCCCACCUAUAAAACCCACGAUACAGGAGAAACUCUUGGAUAUGUUGAGUUUGAUUCUAUAUGGGGCCCCGUUCCGGCCUCUGGGAUGUCCGGAGACCAGGCUGCCUCCAAUGCCGUCCUUUGCAAAGGACUUUGCUCCUCAGGAGCUGCAUACUGAUGCGGAAAUUGCUUUAGCACUUCAUACUCUGGGUAGCUUCGACUUCUCUGGACACAUUCUGAAUGAGUUCGUUCGCGAUGUCGCGAUCAACUAUGUCGAGAACGACAACCCUGAAAUUCGGAAAGCCUCGGCACUUACAUGUUGUCAACUCUUUGUUCACGACCCGAUUAUCAACCAAACGAGUAGCCAUUCGAUACAAGUCGUUAGUGAGGUCAUCGAUAAACUGCUGACUGUGGGCGUUGGUGACCCUGACCCCGAAAUCCGGCGUACGGUGCUGUGGUCUUUGGAUCGCAAAUUCGACCGUCAUCUCGCGAGGCCAGAAAAUAUUCGCUGUUUGUUUUUGGCUGUGAACGAUGAAGUCUUCUCCGUCAGAGAAGCCGCAAUUUGCAUUAUUGGUCGCCUCUCUAGUGUCAACCCGGCAUACGUUUUCCCCCCGUUACGAAAACUUCUCGUCAACCUCCUGACUGGCUUGGGAUUCGCAAGCACAGCUCGGCAGAAGGAAGAAAGCGCUCAGCUCAUCAGUUUGUUUGUUUCAAAUGCGACGAAACUCAUUCGAUCCUACGUCGAUCCGAUGGUGACGACGUUGCUUCCAAAGGCAACUGAUGCCAAUCCUGGAGUUGCCUCAACUACACUAAAAGCCGUCGGAGAACUUGCAAAUGUGGGCGGCAACGAAAUGAGAGUCUAUCUACCCCAACUCAUGCCAAUUAUCCUGGAUUCCUUACAAGACCUCUCUUCGCACGCCAAACGUGAGGCUGCUUUGCGGACACUAGGCCAAUUGGCUAGCAACUCGGGAUACGUCAUUGACCCGUACCUUGAAUAUCCUCAUCUUCUCGCGGUGCUUAUCAAUAUCAUCAAGACGGAGCAGACGGGUUCCCUACGCAAAGAAACCAUUAAAUUACUAGGUAUUGUUGGUGCGUUGGAUCCGUACAAAUACCAGCAGAUAAGCGAGAGUGCACCCGACGUUCACCACAUCAAUGAGGUCCAAACAGUUUCGGAUGUUGCUCUGAUCAUGCAGGGCCUUACGCCUUCCAAUGAGGAAUAUUACCCAACUGUCGUCAUUAACACCCUGAUGCAAAGUAUCUUGCGCGAGAACUCUCUUGCCCAAUAUCAUUCGGCAGUCAUCGACGCAAUAGUUACGAUAUUCAAAACGUUGGGACUGAAAUGCGUGCCAUUCCUUGGACAAAUCAUUCCCGGGUUUAUAUCGGUCAUCAGAGGGUCGCCCCCUAGCCGCCUUGAAUCGUACUUCAAUCAAAUGGCAAUUCUGGUUAAUAUCGUGAGGCAGCAUAUUCGAGCCUUUUUGCCCGAGAUCAUUGAAGUCAUUCGUGAUUUUUGGGAUUCAUCAUACCAAGUCCAGGCCACCAUCCUGUCACUCGUGGAAGCCAUCGCCAAGUCUUUGGAAGGUGAAUUCAAGAAGUAUCUUGCGGGUCUCAUUCCCCCGAUGCUAGACACGCUUGAUAACGACAGCACUCCUCGCCGACAACCUUCGGAGAGGAUUCUCCAUACGUUUAUGAUAUUUGGCACCAGUGGGGAGGAAUACAUGCAUUUGAUAGUUCCUUCGAUUGUACAGCUCUUUGACAGGACUCAAAACCCUCAGAGUAUUCGAAAAUCAGCCAUCGAAAGUCUCACCAAACUCUCAAGACAGGUCAAUGUUUCUGACUUCGCAUCUCUAAUGGUCCACUCCCUGUCCCGAGUUGUUGCAGGCAAUGACCGCAUUCUACGACAGGCCGCCAUGGAUUGCAUCUGUGCCCUCAUUUUCCAAUUGGGCCAAGAUUUCAGCCACUACAUCAACCUCUUGAACAAAGUUCUGAAGCAGAAUCAAAUCACCCAUGUCAACUACCAAAUUCUGGUGACGAAGUUGCAAAAGGGAGACCCGCUCCCGCAAGAUCUCAACCCCGAUGAAAACUAUGCAGCUCUGGCAGAUGAUACGAAUUACGCAGAGAUCGGCCAGAAAAAAAUGGUCGUCAACCAACAGCAUUUGAAGAAUGCAUGGGACGCCUCCCAAAAGUCGACGCGUGAGGAUUGGCAGGAAUGGAUACGUCGUUUUAGUGUGGAGUUGCUGAAGGAGUCGCCUUCUCCGGCGCUACGUGCCUGUGCAAGUUUGGCAGGCAUCUAUCAACCUCUUGCACGAGAUCUCUUCAAUGCUGCCUUUGUGUCCUGCUGGACGGAGCUGUAUGAUCAGUAUCAGGAGGAGCUUGUUCGUUCCAUCGAAAAAGCCCUCACUUCGCCUAAUAUACCCCCAGAGAUCCUGCAGGUUCUUCUAAAUCUUGCAGAAUUCAUGGAGCAUGAUGACAAGGCUCUUCCCAUUGACAUUCGUACACUUGGUAAAUACGCUGCGAAGUGUCAUGCGUUUGCCAAGGCUCUUCAUUAUAAGGAGCUUGAGUUUGAGCAGGAUCAAAACUCGGGAGCAGUGGAGGCUUUGAUUACCAUCAAUAACCAGCUCCAACAAUCCGACGCCGCCAUCGGUAUCCUUCGAAAGGCGCAGGCUUAUCGGGAUGUGGAGCUGAAAGAGACUUGGUUCGAAAAGCUUCAGCGCUGGGAGGAAGCUCUUGCUGCGUACAAACGACGCGAGAAGAUUGACCCUGACUCCUUUGGAGUCACCAUGGGUAAAAUGCGAUGUCUACACGCACUGGGCGAGUGGAAGGUUCUGUCAGAUCUUGCCCAAGAAAAAUGGAACCAAGCGUCACUGGAACACCGGAGAGCAAUUGCUCCUCUAGCAGCAGCAGCGGCCUGGGGAAGGGGCCAGUGGGAGCUUAUGGAUUCUUAUCUUGGGGUCAUGAAGGAGCAGUCGCCGGAUCGAUCAUUCUUCGGGGCUAUUCUCUCGAUUCACCGAAAUCAGUUUGACGAGGCAACGAUGUACAUUGAGAAAGCGCGAAAUGGCCUCGACACUGAGUUGUCCGCCCUUCUUGGAGAAUCAUACAACCGUGCGUACAACGUUGUUGUUCGUGUCCAAAUGCUUGCGGAACUCGAGGAAAUCAUUACAUACAAACAGAAUGUUGGUGAUCCCGAAAAACAAAUUUCCAUGCGCCAGACGUGGAACAAGCGGUUGCUCGGCUGUCAGCAAAAUGUCGAGGUUUGGCAACGUAUGCUCAAGGUCAGAGCUCUCGUCACCUCUCCUCGGGAAAACCUCGACAUGUGGGUCAAAUUUGCCAACCUUUGCCGCAAGUCAAACCGGAUGGGUCUAGCAGAGCGAUCGCUCGCGUCCUUGGAGACUGUCGUCUCUGACAGCAGCGGCACACGAGCUGUGAUUCCUUCAGAGGUAACCUAUGCUCGAUUGAAGUUUAGCUGGGCUACUGGACGACAGCGUGAGGCUCUCCAGAUGCUGAAAGAAUUCACAUCAGAACUUACUGAAGACUUUACGCGCUUUAACACACUCAUGAUCUCUCAAGCCGAGCACAACGGAAUGAACGGCGUGGGCGUUAAUGGUAUUACUGAUGCAAAUCACACCGAUAUCAUGGGUCUGCGUGACCGUAUCCAGGACGUGGCGAAAGUCAGGAGGCUACUUGCGAAGAGCUACCUUCGAUUAGGUGAAUGGCAGACUUCACUACAGCGAGGCGACUGGAAGCCAGAGCAUGUUCGUGAGGUUCUCAACGCUUAUUCUGCGGCUACCAAAUACAAUCGCGAUUCGUACAAAGCUUGGCACUCUUGGGCAUUGGCGAAUUUUGAAGUCGUCACGACAAUUGCCAGCCAGGCUAGCCGAGAUGGCACCGCACCGGCCUUGGUACCGGGCCACAUUGUCACCGAGCAUGUAAUUCCCGCAAUCCGCGGCUUCCUAAGGUCAAUUUCUCUGUCAUCGACAUCCUCAUUGCAGGAUACCUUGCGACUACUCACUCUCUGGUUUACCCACGGAGGCGAUCAAGAAGUCAACGCUGUCGUUACAGAAGGAUUCACUGCCGUGAACAUCGAUACAUGGCUCGCCGUUACCCCCCAGCUAAUCGCACGAAUUAAUCAGCCGAAUAUCAGAGUUCGGAGUGCUGUUCAUCGAUUGCUGGCCGAGGUCGGUAAAACUCACCCUCAAGCUCUGGUAUAUCCCUUGACCGUUGCGAUGAAAUCCAAUGUUACUCGACGAUCGCAAUCAGCAAGCAAUAUCAUGGAUAACAUGCGCCAGCAUAGUGCGAGAUUGGUCGAACAAGCUGAUCUCGUGAGUCACGAGUUGAUCCGUGUCGCAGUCCUUUGGCACGAGCUUUGGCAUGAAGGCCUCGAAGAAGCCUCCCGACUUUACUUCGGGGACCACAAUGUCGAAGGCAUGUUCGCAACUCUUGCGCCUUUGCAUGAAAUGCUUGACAAGGGGGCUGAAACAUUACGUGAAGUGUCUUUUGCCCAAGCUUUCGGGCGUGACCUUGCCGAAGCGAAACACUAUUGUAUGCUGUAUCGCGAAACUGAGGAAAUCGGCGACCUGAAUCAGGCAUGGGAUCUCUACUACACUGUCUUCAGGAAAAUCAGCCGGCAGCUUCCGCAAUUGUCCACCCUGGACCUGAAAUACGUCUCCCCCAGACUCAAGGACUGUUCGGAUCUCGACUUGGCUGUUCCUGGUACAUACCAAAGCGGCCGGCCCAUCAUCCGGAUCAUGAGCUUCGAUCCUAUACUGCACGUCCUCCAGACCAAGAAACGACCGCGAAGAAUGACACUGAAGGGCAGUGACGGAAAUUCUUACAUGUAUUGCGUCAAAGGGCAUGAGGACAUAAGACAAGAUGAGCGAGUUAUGCAACUAUUCGGCUUGGUCAACACCCUUCUUGACAAUGACGGAGAAAGUUUCAAACGUCAUCUGUCUGUGCAGCGAUUCCCCGCCAUCCCAUUGUCCCAGAGUUCUGGUAUUUUGGGCUGGGUCUCGAACAGUGAUACUCUCCAUGCGCUGAUCAAGGAAUACCGAGAGAGUCGGCGCAUCUUGCUGAACAUCGAGCACCGUAUCAUGCUCCAGAUGGCGCCCGAUUAUGACAACCUCGCUCUCAUGCAGAAGGUUGAGGUAUUCGGGUACGCGAUGGACAACACCACCGGAAAGGAUCUGUAUCGGGUCCUGUGGCUCAAGAGUAAGAGUUCCGAGGCCUGGCUCGAGCGGCGGACGAAUUACACUCGGUCUCUCGGUGUUAUGUCGAUGGUGGGCUACAUUCUUGGUCUGGGAGAUCGCCAUCCUUCCAAUCUUCUUCUGGACCGAGUCACUGGAAAGGUUGUUCACAUUGAUUUCGGUGACUGUUUUGAAGUUGCAAUGCACCGGGAGAAGUAUCCGGAACGAGUGCCAUUCCGACUGACCCGUAUGUUGACCUUUGCUAUGGAAGUCAGCAAUAUCGAGGGCAGCUACCGGAUCACCUGCGAGGCUGUCAUGCGUGUGUUGAGAGAAAACAAGGACUCACUGAUGGCUGUUUUGGAGGCGUUCAUUCAUGAUCCUUUGAUCAACUGGCGACUAGGGGUGCGCGAGUCCCCCGACCGGAUGCCAUUCUCAUCGGAACGCCGACAGUCAAUCAUCUCCAACAUCAACGUUGAUAAUGGCGUCCAGCCCAGCAACUUCUCCCGCCACCGUCGGCCUUCGAUACUUGAAGGUGGCAUACUCGACGCUCAAGAAGGAAUCCCGAAUGAAGCUCGUGAAGCACAGAAUGCACGGGCAUUGCAGGUCCUUGCGCGUGUCAAGGAGAAGUUGACCGGACGAGACUUCAAGCCCAACGAAGAGCUCAAUAUUAGCGACCAGGUCGAUAAGCUUCUUGCUCAAGCAACCAGCGUUGAGAACAUCUGCCAACACUGGAUUGGAUGGUGCAGCUUCUGCCAUAUCUCGAAGAUCUUCCACUUGAAGGGCCCUCCUAUUAUCGCCCGCAUCAUGGCAUCCGGCUCCACCGGCGAUGCGGACACUCAGCCUCACGUCCAUCCGGUGGUUCGCAACGCUCUCCGCAUUUCUCUAAGCGCCAAGGAAUACAAGACGCUGCACCAACUUAUGGCUCAACGCGCUCCUUCAUUCCAGUCUAAACUGCCAUCACCAUCAAACUACGAAGCCAUCGUCCGAUCUAAAAACAGACACAACGUCGCGGCAUUUCGCACGUCUGUGCGCGUCUUUCUUCUCUCAGGAGCAUCGUUGAAACUUGUUGAUCUGGUUGCUCGCAGAAUCCGGGGAGAGCUCUCCAGCUCCAAAAAAGAACCUCGUGUCUCGCUUUUCCGCUCUCCUAACUUUCGGCUCUCCCUCGCCCUUUCUCUAGUGCUCCUCCUGCAUCGACUCCUGCAUCGCUUCUUUGCCCGACUACGCGCAAACCUCCGCACCGAGGAGGCCGAGCCGUUUCGCAAAAGGAACCCGCGCAUCUCCAGUGCGCUGACUUCGCGAUAUGCGCCCGCCGUCGGCGCCAGUUUGGCGGGGUUUGCGCUGGGAAUCUGUCCCCAAAAGCAGCUCCGGAUGUCGGCCGCCAUUUACACAACGACCCGGAGUUUGGAAUUCCUUUUCAACGUGGUUGACGAGAAAGGCUGGGUCGAGAACCGGCCUUGGUGGUUUGGAAGCUGGCUGUUAAUGCCUCUCUCUUGCGCCCAGCUGUUCCACGCUUUUGUUUUUGACCGAGAAGCCACGCCCAAGUGGCUUGGAAACGUCAUCAUGAGGCUCUCUCCCGCCUACAUACAUGGUCGACCGGAGACUCUGCCUGCCAAUGUCCCUUGGCCUGAGAAGGAAGCCAUAGUGGACUCGCUCGCCACUGUUGCGAAGCUGCGAUGGCCAGCAUUUAUCUCGCCUAUCCUCCAUCCGGCGGAUCCCUACACGUUGCCAUCUACGGUCAAAGCCAUCUCCCCAAUCACAGGACCUGCGCAUCCGUCCAUUUCCAGUCUGUCAUGCGCUCUACUUCAUCCCGGCUGCCCGAGCUGCGGCACGACGUUUCUGCAUCACCUUCUUCUUUCGGUUCCACCUCUAGCCCGAUUUAUAACCACGGUGACAUUGGCGCUUUCGGCACUGAAGCUUAAGAGUUUCGUCACGCAGCCCAUUACCUCAAUUAACAAUCUCUCGAAGCGAAUCAUUGCCUUGACGGCCAUCCUUUCUGCCUCCGUCGGCUCCGCAUGGGGAAGCAUCUGCCUCUGGAACUCCAUCCUCCCACGGUCUGUUCUUCCGACGCAGCGGUUCUUCCUGAGCGGAGCAGCGGCCGGUUUACCAUUUGCGUUCCUUAGCAGCAGCCGUAAUAUCUUCCUGUACUUUUUCCGCGCGGCCGUGGACUCGGCGUGGAAAUCGGGGGUCAAGCGCGGGCUCUGGAAGGGAUGGAAGGGCGGGGAUCUCUUCGUACUGGUGAUCGCCUGGGCUGUCAUGGGGUCGAUCUUGGAGGCUAGACCCUCCGCGGUGCAAGGCAAAGGAGUACGGAAAGCAUUGGCCUGGAUGAGAGGGGAUGGAUACGUAGACCCGGCGGAUGCUGCUGCCAAACGGAAGCAGAAGAAGACGGCUGCACAGAAGAACGAGGAUGAAUCUUGA